AUGGAUGAUCCGAAAGAAAGCCUUGACGAUGGUGAUGACAAGAACGUGAAGCGAAAUCUUCCUUCAUGGAUGGCUUCGAGAGAGAAUGAGAGUAAAUCUCAUGGAAAGAAGCAUACCCAUGUUGGUGCGCAUGGAAAAAGUAACGAAACCCAAAAAAAAUCUUCGCCCUCCAAGUCGAAUGCCUCGGGAUUUUCCAAACUUAUGGAAAGGGUUGUGUUCGUGUUGUCAGGGUUUGUUAAUCCUGAACGGAGUGUGUUAAGGUCGCAGGCAUUGGAAAUGGGAGCGGAGUAUCAACCUGAUUGGAACCCGGAUUGCACCCUUCUGGUUUGCGCAUUUCCUAAUACCCCAAAGUUUCAACAAGUUGAGGCAGGUGGUGGAACUAUUGUUUCCAAGGUUUACCUCUCUUUAGUCUUUGCUUUGAUCUGCAGUGUAAAGCCUUUGAUUUAUGGUUGGAAUUAG